AUGAUCAGACUCAAUGUAAUUCGUGCUUUGAUCUCCGAGACCAAUAACGCCGCCAAAACCGCUUCGCCGAUCCAGACAGACAUUCAACUCUUGUCGCUUAUCCGGAAACGCCUAAAUGCCUCCAAAGAUGCAGCAAAAGAGUUUGAUGCCGCGGAACGUCCAGAUCUGAAGGAGAAUGAGGAUGCACAGGUUGUGGUAUUGGAGGAAUAUGCUAGCCAGGUCAAGACCCUCCCCAUCGCCGAGAUCAAGGAAGUGAUUAGCAAUGAGAUCGCUGCUAUGAUCAAUGCCAAUACGAAGCCCAACCAAGGAACCGUCCUCAAAGCUCUCUUUGCUGCGGGAGGCCCUCUGGACGGCAAGCCAGUGGACCGGAAAGAAGUUGUUACCGAGGUGAAGAACGCGCUCUCUUGA